AUGGUGAAGAAAAUAGCAGUCAUUGGUGCCGGCGUAGUUGGCCUCUCUACUGCCAUGAACAUCAUUGAUUCUAUUCCCUUUGUGUCUGUUACUGUCAUUGCAGAUAAAUUUAAUACAGAAACAACAAGUGAUGGAGCAGGAGGCUUGUUCAGACCAAACUAUAAUACCACUCCGGGAAUCCCUAAGGAAGAAAUGAUGCAAUGGUGUAAAGAUUCUUUGGCACAUUAUACUCGUCUAUUAUCCUCAUCUGAAGCCAAUAAAUGUGGGGUUUCUUUCAUGACUGGAUUCUUGUUUGGUCAGAAACCUCUGGAUGACUUUGCAAGCUUGGUGUCUUACACAUUUCAAAAUCUGUCGUCUGAGCAGAUCACAAAGAUGAAUUUCAACUAUAAAUAUGGUGCCCAAGUGACGACUCUUGUUGCUGAAUGCAGACGUUAUCUUCCAUGGCUCAUGUCAAAAUUUCAAGAGAAAGGAGGCCAUGUGUUAAAACAUACUUUAAAAUCCCUAGAAGAGUUAGUAGGUCACUUUGACAUUGUGGUGAACUGCACUGGUUUAGGGUCCAAAUAUCUUCUACCUGAUGAAUCUGUAUAUGCUGUCAAAGGUCAACUCAUACAGGUUGAAGCACCAUGGAUUAAGCAUUUCUACUAUUUUGAAGAUGAUCCACCAGCCUAUAUUAUUCCAUGUGCUGACCGUGUGGCUCUUGGUGGAAUCCGUCUUAAAGAUGACUAUACAACACAUAUUGAUCCAGAAGUCAGCAAAGGGAUUUGGGAACGAUGCACUUCAAGGAUUCCCAGUCUUAAGAAUGCAAAAGUAUUAUGGGAGUGGGCUGGUUUACGUCCACAUCGGAUCCCUCUACGUAUUGAGAAGGAAGAAAUGAAUUUUCCUAAAGGUCAGCUGAAGGUUGUACAUAACUAUGGACAUGGUGCUAAUGGAGUGACGCUCAGUUGGGGAACUGCUGUUUGUGCCACAAAACUUGUUAAAGAGUUUGUGCUGACAAAUUCCAAUUUAGAAUCAAAACUCUGA